CGGCCCCUCAACUCUAUAUUCCCCUCAUAUUUGGCAGGCAGACUGAUCUCGGGUUUAAAAUAAGAGUCCUCUCCUCGUCAUAAUCUUCCUUUGAGCCCGCGAUAAGACGGUGACGUCAAUCGCAAUGCAUAAACCUUCGGUUUCACAGCUCGUCUACAGUGCCCUCUACCCUAAACCUCGCCCCAACGAUCCGAUGAACUUCGGAUCCCACAUCACCAGAAACCUCGUCCCCGAAGUUCGCGCUGAAACCUCUAGAUUUUACGGAACCCUCGAUUGCAUCGAGGCACAAUACCCCGGCCUAGACUAUUCGUUCCCACCACAUAGAAUGAGACUGGGCCGAUUCUACCACCAUUCGAAGCUGUUCAGGGCGUUUGACGACCUAGGGCUGACGGAAGAUGAAAUAGCGUCCCUUUGUCGGUGGGAAGGCACAAGAUCCGCUAAAGAGCGCUAUGAGAGAGAGGAAAGAGUGCGUGUGAGAGACACUACGGCAGAUGGUAUCUUUAUUUCAAGCCCGACCAUCCCGCCAUCAAUUCUUGUUCACCGAUGGAGCGAAGAAGAGAGCCUCCCAACCUUGCAGUCGGCCCCGCUGGCAGAUAAUGUGGAACCCCACGGAUCAGACUCGGUCCAAAGCGACAGGACAGCUGAGGAGAGUAGCGAGGAUGAGCUGGAAGAAAGCGUUGGGUUUGCCCUCAACCAGCACUUGCUCGAGGCCACAGCGGCCAGAGAGCGAGGAGCAGAUGUACCCCUUGACGAUGUCUGGGAGCAAUGGCUCAAGGACGCAAUCGAGCGUGGUAGCUACGAAGACAUACUCCACACGAUCAGGGAGGGCUCGGUGGAUUUUUCGAGGGCAUUCACAUCGCCCACUUCAAUUUACGGAAACAACAGUGCCGGUGCCCGCCAAGUCGGACCGCGGCUCAUGCCGGCACCCAAUACAGCCCUGGCCUCUGGGUUUGACGUUUCGGAUCCGUCGGUUGGCCCUUCGCCAAACCCAAGAUGAUUCGUUUCAGGAUCCCCCCGACGGGACCCUAUUACUUUUAUCUUUUUGUACGUUGCUUUAGAAAAGAGAUUCCCUCUAUUGCGAGAUCACUGUUGGCUUAUUGUCUUUGCAUCGUCUGGCGUGGCGUUGGUGGCGGUUUUGCGGCGUUAUAUAAUAUUUCUUUCUUGUGAAGAGGGCGGUUGAUGAAAGAUGGAGGUGGCUUCUCGACAACGGGUCCCGUUCCGAUUAAGUUCGGGCUUUUCCCAAAUUUUUGCAGAUAGAAUUUUUUUUUCCAUGCUUACUUUUUAAGGCGUUCCCCUGUGGAACCUUUGGAGCCAGGAGUGAGAGCUCGCUCGGGAGCCCAGGUGGCUGGUACCUUCGUCUCCAGCUUGCCCAUCACUAUGGCUCGGAGACAGCAAUAUAACUAAUAUUCUCCUAAGUUGACAUC